UUGGCUUGAGGAUGGAUUAUCUCAAUCUUCCGCCAUCCAUUGCCCCGUUACCAUAUCCUUAAUUUUAUCGGUUUAGUUCUUCUACUGGCCGUGCGCUUAAAUUACUUAGUUUUAUAGUGUUGCUUCCCUUCCUCUCCUCAGUCCUCCCCCUGUUCAUUUUCUUUUCUCUUUCAUCGCAUGCAUACUCGUUUUCUUUCCUUCGCUCCGCGGAUAGGGUUUCUGAACCUGAAUCAACCGCAAGGGUGAGUGCAUCGCCGUGUCCAAUGGCCACUAUGAGGUGAUUAUAUGAUUGGAGAAUUGGAUAUUAAGUGUAUAAACUAUAAAAAUAUUCGUGGAAACAUUUCAAACUGACAUAAAAUCUGAAGUAGGUAAAGCAAUACAUGAGGUGCUCUUAAUUCAACACACUGCGUUGACUUUGAAGCUUAAGUUCUGUUUAUGAGCUAUGACUUGUUCCCAUUGAAGUGAGGAAAAAUCUAUCUUGCCUCCUUUCAUAAAUGGAAAGUGUUUAUAUGCAGUCUUUAAAGACAUUUAUACAAUCAGGACUAAAGGAGUCCUAUUCAUGUACGCAGUGUACAUUGACUAAUUACGAUAAGUUCAUCUUCAACUUGGUGGCUUCUGUUGUCAUGUAGCACUGGCAGCCAAGACCUCUGUACUAAACAACGAGAACGUUCUUAAAAGGGCAGCUGACUUAAAUGAUGCUUUACUCAAGGCCUGCUUCAUAAUUCACUGUUAUGCACAACAAUUUUCCUAAUCUUUCCCCUUCACGGAGAUAGAUCAAGAGCAGGCGGUGCAAACUACAGGUUAGUUGUUCAUUCAAAUUCGCUUGGUUUUUGUUGAACUGACUACCACAGAGAUAGAACAAGACGGUGCCUUUUUUCCUUGGCCAGGUGAAAAGAAGGUGACAAGAAAGAGCAGAGUUCUCACAUGGACAUGGAUGCCACUCGACAACCUCAGCGCUCAAGAUUCAGAGAAUACAAAAGAUGGUUCCUAGUGUCCCUCUACAUCGUCUUUCUUCUGGUAGGCCAAUCUGCAGCCACUCUUUUGGGAAAUCUUUACUAUGACAAAGGUGGUAACAGCAAAUGGAUGGCAACAUUCGUUCAGUCAGCUGGAUUCCCAGUUCUAAUUCCUCUCCUUUUUUACUUUUCACAACGACGCAAACCCACGAGCGACAUUCCCAAAACCAAACCAAGUGUUUUUACUUUUGCCCUUCUCUACCUAGCUUUUGGCUUACUCUUGACAGGUGACAACCUCAUGUAUUCCUAUGGGCUUCUAUAUCUCCCUGUUUCCACCUACUCUCUUCUAUGUGCUACCCAAUUGGCCUUCAAUGCUCUAUUCUCUUACUUCCUUAAUUCCCAAAAGUUCAGCCCUCCCAUAUUGAAUUCCUUGGUUCUCCUAACCAUAUCAGCUUCCCUUCUUGCAGUCAAUUCUGAUUCCGAGGAGUCAAAGGCUUUAUCGAAAAUAGAGUAUAUAAUUGGGUUCCUCUGUACACUUGGUGCAUCUGCUGCAUAUUCUUUAUACCUCUCCCUUGUACAGCUUUCCUUCGAGAAAGUUAUAAAGGCAGAGACCUUCUCUUCUGUGUUGAAUAUGCAGUUCUACCCAAACUUCCUCAGUACAUGUGGUUGCGUUGUGGGAUUGUUUGCAAGUGGAGAAUGGAAAACUCUGAACAAUGAGAUGAAGGAAUACCAAACAGGAAGGGUGUCUUACAUAAUGACUCUGGUUUGGACAGCUGUGACGUGGCAGGUUUCCACCAUGGGAAUGCUAGGGCUGAUCUUGGAGGUGUCUUCUUUAUUUUCAAAUGUAAUAGGUACAGUGUCGUUGCCUGUUGUUCCCAUUCUAUCAAUUUUUUUCUUCCACGACAGGAUCAACGGGGUGAAGGUGGCAUCCUUGCUGUUAGCUUUGUGGGGUUUUAUUUCUUAUAUUUAUCAACAUUAUCUCGAUGACCAAAAAGCCAAGGCAGCUAAAAGAGAUAGUGUUGAAGUUCCACAUGGUCACCUGGAAAUUUGUUGAGUGAAGGGACCAAUUUUGAUUCAGUAAUCCCCUCCUAGAUAUUUUUGACAUAUGUCAAUGGAUUUUGUUUCUCAA